UUUUAUUUUUUCCAAACUAUAGCCAACAGCGGUUUCAAGAUGGCCACGGCGAGCGCAGAUGAGCUCUCGUCACCAUUCUUAUCAAAAAUGCUUGGUAAACUCCAAGUACUCAGUACCAAUUUACGAUGUACAAAACAAUCAAACGGAAAAUACCUUUAUGAAUAUUCAAUACAAGUGCACCCUGAACAAGAAGACGAAGAUUUGGCAGAUAUCCUGCGUCCCGAAGGCGUAACGAAGGCGGAGAGUGCAGAUGGUUCUACUCAUGCCAAUUCGACAUACGCGUCUUCAGGAGAAAAUCAAAGCACCACUUCUUCUGUCAAUCGCAGCUAUCAUUCCGAAAUUAACUGCGUCUACAUGGUCACUGUACGAUUUGUGCUUUUUCAUCGGAACAUAAAUGGGAAGGCUCAAGCGACAACUAGAGCGGAAUUCUCUUCGCGUGUGCCCGUUCGCCAAGUCAUAGAGUAUUUCCGCUCUGAGACAGCUGUUGAUCAUCAUGGUGAAUUCAAGCCAAGACUGGCCUACUCCAUUGGACGCGGGUACGAUAAAACGUAUCCACUGACCAGCGACGAUUUGGACAAGCCUUUGUCAGAGCUGAUUGGAGAAGGAAAUGAUGUGAACACUCUCUCAAUUAUUGCUGAUGUGUGCUAGAUAUGCGAUUGCAUUUGUGAAUAUGUUUGCUAUAAUAAAUUCUCUGGAUUUCUUAUGACCGAAAUUAUUUUGUG